ACGGCCAUAAACAUCUUCUCUCCACGGUGCUCGGACGCAGUUCAUCCUCACGCUUAGCGGCUUGUCAUCAGCAGAGAACCUUGAAUAUGGUGAUCGAGAGCAGCGUCAACAAGGCGACUCAGGCUGAUAGCCCGAAAAGCAAGAAAGCAUCUGCUUCCUCCGAAGGGUUUACCGUCAAAGCCUUGAUGAAGAAUUCCAUCGUGAGAGGCCCCCCAGCAGCGGGAGCAUUCAAAGAACGACCUGCAAAGCCCACAGCCUUUCGCAAGUUUUAUGAGCGAGGAGACUUCCCAAUUGCCCUUGAGCACGAUACGAAAGGAAACAAAAUAGCCUGGAAGGUGGAGAUUGAGAAAUUGGAUUAUCAUCACUACCUGCCUCUGUUCUUUGAUGGGCUUUGUGAAAUGGCACAUCCCUACGAGUUUUUUGCACGCCAAGGGGUCCAUGAUAUGCUAGAACAUGGAGGACCGAAGAUUCUUCCUGUCAUUCCACAGCUCAUUAUACCCAUAAAAAAUGCUUUGAAUAUCCGUAACCGGCAAGUAAUCUGCACCACCCUUAAAGUGCUCCAGCACUUGGUUGUCUCUGCUGAAAUGGUUGGUGAAGCUCUUGUGCCCUACUACCGUCAGAUUCUUCCAAUUCUCAACAUCUUCAAGAAUAUAAAUGUUAACUCCGGAGAUGGCAUUGACUACAGCCAGCAAAAACGGGAAAACAUCGGAGACUUGAUUCAAGAAACACUAGAAGCCUUUGAACGUCACGGAGGAGAAGAUGCUUUCAUCAAUAUAAAAUACAUGGUCCCUACCUACGAAUCCUGUUUGCAAAAUUAGAAUAAAAUUGAAUAAGUAAGCUGUCAGGAAUGCCUUCUCUGUGCUUCUGAAACUGUACACCCAUUUGUUACAUUUUUGCUGUUAUUUAUGACUCUCUGUCUUCACAGCUGCUUAAAUGAGAUCUUCUGGGCCAUUUGACUGUUCGUACUAUUGUGUACCAGGCUAUGGAAUACAUAAACACUGACUGUUUCAUACAUUACAAUGGCGUACUGUGCAGUCUUGUACCAUGAAAGAAUACCCUCUUUAUGGCCGAGCUGACUGAAAUGAGAGUCAGAGUUAAGACUUCACUUGUACAGACAAUAAAACUAUAAUUUUCAUAUGCAA